AUUUCCUUCUCAAUCACAACUGCUGCGUAGGUGAGAUGGUAAAGGAGCAACAUGUGAGGCAAAAGGUUGCGGGUUCGAAUCCCAACCAAAGGAUAUUUUGGUACCGGCUCGAACUUUGACCCGGUACCUAAAAGAGUCUUAGGCAUCGGUUCCUUAACCCGGUGCCUGAAGAUGGAGACAAAGGUCCCAGUUUUGGGGUACCGGUUCAAAAACCGGUACCUAAGGACUCUUUUCUAGUAGUGAAACAUGAAAGUGUUUUGGGAAAAGGAUCAAAUUGCAAAAAAAUCAGCAUGAAUGAGGAGCUUGCAUGCAUGAAGUUUCAAGUAAAUUUCUACUUACAAGCCUAAUAUUCACUUAGAAAUAAUAUCAUGAGGCUUAGUAGUAAACAACUAUUGAAUUUACAUUUGCAUUUCUCAUAUUUUUCUAGUGAAUGGUUGUCCCUGAAAUAUAAUGUGGCCUGAUCUGGUAUAUAUUUAUAGACAUUUGGUAUAUAUCGAGAUGUUAUACAAUUUAAGUGUUUAGAAUCCUGACACUACUAUAUUUACAUACUUUUCAUGCAGAAUUAUAGAGCGUAUGGUGAGCAUGACACAGUUUUCACGAUCCAUGAUCUGGUGCAUGACUUGGCAACCACACUCCUCGGUGAAAAAAUUCUGGACCAGAGUAAAGAAGACUACACUGGGGGGAGCAGCUGCCGCUUUGCAUUGCUCACUGACUGUAGCAAGCCACUGGAGUCAAGCACGACUUCUCUUGCCAUGCUAAGGGCACUGCGUUUUAUGGACUGUCGGGAUUGUGAGGUACAUGGAUCUGCAUUUUGUGCUGCCAACUCCCUUCGAGUGUUGGAUUUAAGCGAGUGCCUCAUAAACAAGUUGCCAGAUUCUAUUGGUCGAAUGAAGCAGUUGAGGUACAUUAAUGCUCCAAAGAUCCAGGACCGAAUGAUUCCAGAAUGCAUCACAACGCUCUCAAAGUUAAGGUUCCUCAGUCUUCGCGGGUCUUGUUUCAUCCUAGCAUUACCAGAUUCGAUUGGAGAAAUUCAAGAUCUGGUGCAUCUUGAUUUAUCUGGUUUCUCGGGCAUAGAAGAACUGCCAGAAUCAUUUGGUGACCUUAAAAGUUUGGAGCAUUUGGAUUUUGCAAAUUGUCAAAAUGUCAUAGGAGUGUCACAAUGCCUGGCUAGAUUUACAAAACUGCAAUACUUGAACUUAUCUAACUGUGAAAAUGUUGGACAGCUACCAAAAGCAUUGGGCAGUCUCACAGAAUUGCAAUACUUGAACUUAUCCGACAGCUCAUACCUUUCAGGAAACGUACUUGACGAGGCAGAGUUUUUGGGCUCCCUGACCAAACUCAAAUAUCUGAACCUAUCUGUAGGGGAAGAGUUACCGGACAUAAUGAGGUUGCCUGAAGCUUUGGGUAGCCUCACUGAACUCAAGUACUUGAACUUAUCAGGUAUAUAUUGUCUGAAAAAAUUGCCUACAUCAUUUGGGAAUCUCUGUAACCUGGUGCACCUUGACUUGUCAAGAUGUUCUUAUCUUCGAGAUGUGUCAGCAGAUCUCAAUGGGUUAACCAAGCUCCAAUAUUUGGAUUUGUAUGGGUGCUCCGCUUAUGCACAUGCCAUGGAAGGGCUACAAGAAGUUUUUGGUAAUCUCAGUGAACUUCGACAUUUGAAUUUUGGCAACAUUUAUCAGAGUCUUCUCUAUCCAGAUGAAAUAAAUGUUCUCCUGGAGCGGAUCUGUACUCUCACUAAUCUUGAGUAUCUGAAUCUUUCUCAAAAUGAUACAAUGUCCAGCAUACCUGAAACUCUUUGUAACCUCAAGAAGUUACAUACACUAGACCUUUCGGGGUGCCGAAGUCUGCGUAGGCUGCCAGUAAGUAUAUCUGAAAUGCACAGCUUGAAGUUUGUAUACAGGAGCGGUAACUUGGGUUGGUCCACGCUACCUCAGUACAAUACUGUUGAUGGUAAUCUCAGUGAACUUCGACAUUUGAAUUUUGGCAACAUUUAUCAGAGUCUUCUCUAUCCAGAUGAAAUAAAUGUUCUCCUGGAGCGGAUCUGUACUCUCACUAAUCUUGAGUAUCUGAAUCUUUCUCAAAAUGAUACAAUGUCCAGCAUACCUGAAACUCUUUGUAACCUCAAGAAGUUACAUACACUAGACCUUUCGGGGUGCCGAAGUCUGCGUAGGCUGCCAGUAAGUAUAUCUGAAAUGCACAGCUUGAAGUUUGUAUACAGGAGCGGUAACUUGGGUUGGUCCACGCUACCUCAGUACAAUACUGUUGAUGGUGAAUGCUUUGUGUGCGAGUAUUACGGAGCUGAUUUUUUGGUGAUAAGAAGGCUUCAAAAUGUGAAGUCGGUAGAAGAGUUACAGGCAAUGAAGCUCGUGGAGAAGACACAUAUUAGAAGGUUAAGUUUAGAAUGGACAGGAGCUGUGAGUAGAUUUGUGGAGGACGCAGAAGUUCUGAGGGAACUAGUGCCACCACACAGUGUUUCAUUCUUCUGCCUACAAGGUUAUAAUAGCAUCAGUUUUCCAUCCUUGGUUAUGCGCAUUGGUGCUUAUUUACCUGGUCUGACCACUAUGGAAAUGAACAACUUGCCCAGAUGUGGUAGCCUGCCAACACUUGGUCAGUUACCAAACCUUCAGAACCUGCGUAUCAUACAAAUGCACAGGAUUAAGAAGAUUGACGUGCACCUGUACGGGGGGUCAAGAGCAUUUCCUCGACUUGAGAACUUCACCAUAGAUGAUAUGAAAUGCCUAGAAGAGUGGGACACGGAGGACGGUUUGAAUGAGCCCCCAUUCCCAUGCCUCAGUUCUGUAGAGAUAAAACGCUGCCCAAGGUUGAGGAUCAAACCACAUCUGCCACGAAGUAUAAACAAGUUGAAGGUACACAGUAGUGACAAAGUAAUGUUGUCGUCACUGGGGAACAGCGGCCUCUUUCUCUCAAGUCUUCACGUGGAAUGCUGCAUGGUGCCUCUGUGUCACUGGAGCUUGCUUCGCCACCUCCGUUCCCUCGAACAUUUAGAGAUUGCAGAAUGCAGCGACAUUACAUGCAGCUCAACGGAUUUCCUUCAAGGUCUCACGUCCCUGACUGUGAGAGGUAAAGAAAAGUACCUCACUGGGGGUGGUCACGAAAACUUCUUGCUGCCUGUCCUGACGCUGCCGAACUGGCUGGGAGACCUUACCUCUGUCACAGAACUUGAGAUAAGUGACUACAAGUUUGUCAUGGUUCUGCCAGGCACCAUACAAAAACUCACCCACCUGCAAACUCUAAUUUGCAACAGAAUGUUUUCGCUGCCGGAGUGGUUGGGAGACCUCAGAUCUCUCACGAGACUUGAGCUACAUGUUUGCUCGUGGAUCAAGACUCUGCCAGACAGCAUACAACUACUUACCUGCCUGCAAACUCUAGAAGUGAGAUUUUGUGAAAGCAUGGUAUCGCUGCCAGAGUAUUUGGGAGACCUUACAUCUCUCAUGGAACUUAAAAUAAUGUACUGCAGGCGCAUCGAGACUCUGCCAGUCAGCAUACAACAACUCACUCGCCUGCAGACUCUAGAAGUGAACAGUUGCAAGGGCAUGGUUUCUCUGCCGGAGACGUUAGGAGACCUCAUUUCUCUUACAAGCCUUUGGAUAUCUAAUUGCACGGGCAUCAAGUCUCUGCCAGGCACCAUACAGAAACUCACCAGUUUGCAGUGCCUAACGAUUCAUGGAUGCCCUGAACUAGUUCAGUGGUGCAAAUCGGAGGAGAACAAGAUGAAGCUCGCACAUAUUAUAGACAAGGACUUUUGACGGAGACUGCCAAAUGAUGAUGAGUCAGAAACUGAUGAAGAAUCAGGAAGUGGUCAUGAAGAUCCAGUAAUUGAUGAAGAGCCGGAAAGUGAUGUAGAGCAAGAAACUGGUCAGAAACUGAUGAAGAAUCAGAAAGUGAUGAAGAUCCAGUAAUUGAUGAAGAAUCAGAAAAUGAGGAAGAACUAGAAAUUGGAUUAGAAGGUGAUGAAGAGUCAGAAAGUGACCGAAGAGUCAGGAAGUUGCAAAGAGUUGGAUAACGAGGACUUCGAGAGUGAUCGGGGGGAAACAUAAUCCAAGUGCUGCAAUGCAUAGUUCAGGAAGUGUCUUUUCUGGAGAAGUCAUAAAGGAGCCCCCUACUUAAAUUUUAUUAAGACAGGAAUGCAGUUGUACAUCAGCAAAAAGAAAGAAAUGAAACAAUAUUUUUGAAAAAGAUAAUAAAGAGGAUAAAAGAAGGAAAAAGAGACAAAACUGACAAAGUCCUAUUGCAGCUUCCUGUGUCCGUUGUUGAACCCAAUGUAUCAGAUUGUCUCUUCUGUUGUUAUUGUUCUGUUUCCUGCAAGAGUUUUCAUUAUUCUCGAACAGUUUCUCAAGUCGCCUAUGCUAUUUAUUUAGCACCAUAGUAGCAAACAGUGUUUGAGUACAAAUUUGUAUCAUUUGAUUCAUUUCCCACAAAUUUUAUGAAUUGCCAAAAUGUAAUCCCCACAAUUCAAUCUCCA